AUGACUGCAAUAAUGGCCCCAGAGAAGUCCAGUUCCUGGCAGAGGUUAUGCCUGAUCCUGACCUUCACAGUGUUCCUGCAGUGUGCCUGCGUGACCAUGGCUUAUUUGUACUUCAACAGUGAGAUGCAGCAGACGCAGGACAAGUACUUCAAAUCGACCAUUGCUUGCUUCUUAAAGGAAGAUGACACCUCUUGGGACUACAGUGAUGAGAAUAUGAACAAUCCCUGCUGGCAAGCAAAGUGGCAGCUACGACAGUUUGUUAGAAAGAUAAGUUUGAAAACCUAUCCUGAAGCCAUUUCUGCAGUUCCAGAGAAGCAACAAGAUGCUCCUCCGCUAAUAACUAGAAAAGGACUUCAGAGAGUUGCAGCUCACCUAACAGGGAAAAUUCAGAGCAUGGCCGCACUCCCAUUUUCAAACUCAAAGGAUGAAAACAUUUUGGGCCAUAAAAUAACCUCCUGGGAGUCAUCAAGAAGAGGACAUUCAUUCUUGAGUAAUUUUCACCUGAGGAAAGGAGAGUUAAUUAUCCAACAAACGGGUUUUUAUUAUAUCUAUUCCCAAACAUACUUUCGAUUUCUGGAAACUGCGGAUGAUUCAACAGCAGGGAACAAAAAGAAAAACAAACAAAUGGUACAGUAUAUUUAUAAGUUCACAAGCUAUGCUGAACCUAUACUGCUGAUGAAAAGUGCUAGGAAUAGUUGUUGGUCUAAAGAUUCACAAUAUGGACUCUAUUCCAUCUAUCAAGGUGGAAUAUAUGAGCUUCAAGAAAAUGACAGAAUUUUUGUAUCUGUAACGAAUGUGCAAUUGGUUGACAUGGAUGAACCUGCCAGUUAUUUUGGGGCCUUUUUAAUUGGCUAG